AUCCUUCAGGGAUCGCUCAAACGUACAUCAUCCAUGGACACAGAUCAAUUGACCCGUGAUUUCCCACCCUUCUGGUAAGAAGGCCAUUGGCUCGUUCUCUCCCCUCUCUACGGUCGAACUGGGGCCACGGUCCAAUUACCAGACCCCCAUCCCUCUCCACAUCUUCGGGCGUUUAUGGGGAAAUUACCUGCUGACGAUUAUCCCAUCUUGAACUUGUCUUAGAGUUUAGAUCCUUGAUCCCAUACCCCCCUCUUCCGUGACUCGUCCGAAUUCCCGAUACUUUAUUUUUACAUUUCUUGCCUUUUCUGUUGCUUUGAGAUAAACCGGGCGCCGGGUAGAAGAGGGGAUCUGAAGGCAUCUUUAUUUAGACGCCCUAGAGCUUUUCUUCGCGGCCCCACCGCUUCUUGGUUAGAAGCAGUCAUCCAUGGAGCUCCGAUAGUGCCGUCGUCGGUUUACCUGGAAACUUUCUACCCACCUCUUUUCUCCGCGAACCUUUUUCACACAGAACGUCAGGUUGAUGCAGGAAAGACCAACCACGGUCGCCGCCUAUGCGGCGGGCGCAUCUCUCGCCGCGGUCGCGUUAUUCUACGUCUUCGGCCCCAACUUCACCCUCGACGGCGAGGACUCCACCGACAGUAAUCGGAAGAAGAGCAUUGUCGGUCUGUCGAACCCGGCCAAUGACUGCUUCAUAAACUCUGUGCUCCAGGCGCUGGCCGGUCUGGGGGAUCUGCGCGUCUACCUCAUCCGGGAACUCCAUCGGCGGGAACUGGACGGUCCCGAAAUCUACAAUGUUCUUCCCGACGUGGAUGAGAUCCCGCGCGGGGAGAAGCCGGAGAAGAUCCUGGAGCUGCAGAGGGGAACGAUUACCCGCGCGUUGAAGGAAAUGCUGGAUCGCUUGAACGAGCGCCCGAUUUACAAGAAAACGAUAUCCGCUCGCGGGUUCAUUCAAUCGCUGGAGUAUGCCUUCCGGACACGCCUCAGUCGCAACCAGCAGGACGCGCAGGAAUUCUUGCAGAUCGUGGCCGAGCGCCUCUGUGACGAGUAUCACGCCGGUGUCAAAGCACGACAGCGCGUGCAGGCUCCUCUCCCGGCGCGCGAUGACGACCUUCCCCCGAAGACCCCGACCGAGGUCGAGGUCCGCAUCGAUGACGGAUCCGCGAAUGGGCUCCCUGCCAUCAUCGACACCAAGCUGCGCGAAAUUGACACGGAAUCCUGGUUUCCCUUCGAGGGCAAGCUCGAGUCCCAGAUCGAAUGCCAAUUCUGCCACUACCAGUACAAGCCCAACCAGACCUCGUUCGUAAACCUGACUCUGCAAGUGCCCCAGAAGUCUUCGACCACCCUCAGCGCGUGUUUCGACGGGCUUUUGAAGACGGAGUAUAUCGAGGACUUCCGGUGUGACCGGUGUUCGCUACAGCAUGCCGUGGAUGUGAAGACGCACGAAUUGACGAGGAGUCAAUCGGAGAGUGACCGGCGCACACUGGAGACCGAAAUCCAACAGCUCCAGGAUGCUAUUUCAACCGACCCCGAGUACGUGCCGGAAGGGGUGAGGCUCCCCCCGGCCGAAACGGUGCCCAAGCGGCGAAUCGCCCGACACAUGCGGAUCACCGUCUUCCCCAAGAUCGUCGCCAUCCACCUCUCCCGAUCCAUCUUCGACCACAGCAGCUCCACCAAAAACGCCGCCAAGGUGUCCUUCCCCGAGCGGCUCCCUCUGGGAGGCAUCUUGAGCCAAAAGUGGUUCAAACUGUUGGCGAUUGUCUGCCACAAGGGUAGUCACCAAAGCGGGCACUACGAGUCAUUCCGUCGCAAUAACCUCUACCCACCGUUCUCGACGCCGGAUGUUUUCCGUUCGUACGCACAGAGUCGAGCACCUAGUGAGAAUCCCUCUCGGGCCCCGAGUCCUCGCCCCGAAGCGCGUCGAGCCCUCGACACCGAGCCGCCCACCUUGAGCAUCUCGACCUCAACGUCAUCACCCCCAACAUCCCCAUCCCCAUCGUCCGGAGAUUCCCCCGCCACGUCGCGAACGCCGUCCAUCAAAAACUCGCCGAAACCCCAGCCGCAGCUCAUUCCACCGUCCUCGCCAUCCCCUCGACCCAGCACAUCCUGCUCCCGCAUCUCUUUCCAAAGCAAGCGCUCGAAGUCGUCGGCCUCCAAACGCAACCUAUCACCCUCGCCGACCAGCGACCAGUCCCAGAGUCCCGCCACGGACGGCGGUCGCGGCAGCAAGUCCGGCUCCCGGACAUCCUUCAUGAGCGAGCGCAUCCGUCCAGGAAGCUCCGGCGACGGGGGAUCCCGGUCGACGUCUCGCCUGCGCCGUCGCCGCACGCCGAACGACCGAUGGUGGCGGAUCUCGGACGAGAAAAUCAAGGAAUGCAAGACGCCGGACGUGUUGGGCAUGCAACGGGAGGUGUACCUCUUAUUCUACGAGAUGGAGAAGCCGUGACCAGAGGAAAACAGGGAUUCAAAGUCGUGGUAUAUAUAGUUGAUAUCCUUGGACAUAAAUUUAUAUAUGAAUUUUGGAAAAAGUGGCAAUUUGGG